CUGUGCCACAACUUUCGAUUUGGUGGCUCUCAUAAUUGACGACUUGGAGUUUUGGGAGAGCAGUUUGUGAGAAACGCUCUUGGGCUUGGCGACUCGGAGGUCUUUUGGCUCGGCUACUUUGACGCGAUUUCACCAGCAACUCAUAGAAGUCAUAGGACGUCCGAAGUCUUUGCUGCCCUCGCCCCUGUGGAGCUACGAUUCUGCUCCCGAAGUCCGCCCGCUGAAGUGUGUGAGAAAGCGGCCUUGCCAGCAUUGCACCUAAGAAUGCCUUUUAGCUGUGAUAGGAGCAGUUUCUCGCUCCUAAUCUAUACCUAUGAUAUUCUCUCUUUGUGGCUAAUAAGUCCCCGUGGCACGGCAACGCAGUUGAGAUAUAUUCCCUUAUCUUAUAGACAGACAUAAUAGUGCAAUCCCCUUCAUUCUUGCUGCCCUAUACAACUUGUGUAUUAAGAUGUAGAUUUGUUUGUAUGUGUAGUUUCAGAGACAUCAAUGCUGAUUCCCCUCUACUGCUUUUCAAUAGGCAACAAUUAAUCCAAAGAUUUAUCUUCAAGAGAUUUAUUUCAUUGGGAAAUGGGGGUUGCGCUGUUCAUCUCCCUUAUUCUAACCCUCCUUUUUGCCAAGUUCAAGUUACCCAUCGUCAGCUUCAAAGCAGCGUGGAGGUUGGGACAGAUGUGUUUCGCUUCCCACCUUGUCAAAUGAACUUGACUUCCUUUUGAACACAUGGGGCUUGGUGUAUCUGGUGAUUGUCCUUUCACUUAUUCAUUUGCCCUGAAGUGGAUUCAGGCGCUGCAAUAUCUCUCUGCCCCAGCUGGCUGUUCCACAUAUUAGAAGGAUCGCUGCUAAUCCAACAGCCACAGCUCUGCAGUAUUGCUGCUACUGCCCUAAGCGGUGCCGAAAGGCUUAAUAAACUAAGCACAACAGGCUCUGUUAAUUGCAUUGGUUAUAAGUCCUAUCCGAGAUACAUCCAUAGAUGAACAAGUCUGAAGUUGUGCUAUGUCAAGUCAUCUCAAUGGCGGCUGAAAUGGAUGAUCGACCGCUAUUCCCGUUUAGGCGAUUUCCAAUCCUUUCUUGGCAUCCGCAGAUGUCUUGGCCACGCUUAUUUCCUAAUCGGGUAUCGAGCUUCUCCUUUCUCUGACAUCGCCAUCGCUGCAAAUAGCGCACUACAGCAUCAGAAACAGGCGACGCCGCAACACAACCAUCAGCAUUUGUGGGUCGAGGAAAUAUGGCAGUAUGAUUUUCGAAACAUUCCCCAGAAGUGGUAAAUUUCCUGGUGAAGAGAAUGGGCGCAGCAUCUAUGUUUCUUGUCAGGGGCUGCUCGCGGGGCUUGACCAUGGGCAGAACGGUAUAAAGGCGAUGGGAUGGGACGGCCUCUGACCUUCUCAGGAUUUCUUAAAAAUGACAAAAGGGCUUGUUAUUUUACGACCCCUAGCGGGAGUUAUUUUCUCAUAUCAAUAUCAUUUAGAGCAACCAUGUCAUCAGAGCUUACAGCAGAAGAUUUAUACCACUACUCUCCAAACAAAGGUGUGGCUAUUUUCUUUACCGCGGCCUAUGCAUUUUCUGCAGCAUUGCAUGAAUUGCAGUAUAGGACAUCGAAACCACAGAAAUUCACAAUUCCAUUGACGUUAGGCGCCAUAUUUUCAGCAAUCGGCUUUCUCCAGCGCUCGCUUCUCGCUUCUGAUAAGGGGAAUGUGAAAUCCCUCUACACAAUCUCCACUAUGUUCAUUCUUGGCGCUGGGCCGACGUAUGCUGGCGCAGAUUAUUUCAUCUGCGGACGGCUAUUUAGCUUUGUCCCAUCCGCCGCUCCAAUGUCUCCGAUUAGGGUCGUCCGCACGUUUAUCGUAUUUGACGUCCUGGCGGAAGUAUGCGUCUGGGCUGGUGCCGGUCUACUUGCGGGUGCUGAUACCGACACGGCCGCUCGUUUUAAAGUUGGGUUAAACUUGGUUCGAGUUGCUAUGAUUAUCCAGGUGACCUUGUUCGCAGUGUUUGUGGCUGUUUUGACAUUAUUUCAUGUCCGAGUCCGUGAAGUGCGUGCAAAGUGGUCCGUUACCUCGGAUGGUGGUACGGGGAGAAGGUUCAUGACGGUGGUGUACUCUCUUUACACCUCGUCGGUUUUCAUUAUUAUACGAUCUGCGUACCAUAUCGCAGAAACAUUUGUCCCGGAGGGCCACUCAUUUCGAACAGCGGAGCAUCCCUUCCUCAUCUGUGAGGCGCUUGUGAUGCUACUUAACACCGCAAUGUUCAAUAUCUUCCACCCUGGCCAUAUUCUCCCAAUCGACUCGCGGGUGUAUGUGGGUCGUGAUGGGCAGGAGAGAGCAAACGAAGCAAUCGAGGGCGCUUUCAACGAUUCGCGUCCCCUGUUGCAGAAGAUACUGGACCCGCUUGAUUUCAAAGGGUUGUUCGUGAGGGAUAAAAGAAAACUGUAUGACCCCCAGGAAGAGCUGGAAAUGUAUACCAAUUCGACUCAAGGCCUCGUUCGUCGUUAGAAGUUAAGUAGACUAUUGAUGUGUAUUAUUUCUCAAUACUCCCAACCCUGUUUCUUGUCUGCUUUUCCCUUCUUCGUCUUUUUUUGCGUUUAAUUGCGUUUUGCACGCUUGGAACUUAGAGAUGUCUUAAUUUAUUGAGUAGAGGCAUGGAUCGAGUUUGGGUUUCUAAACCGUUUGCAUUUGGUCCCAGAAUUCUAUUUCUACUACGUUAAUUGGAAGCUCAGGCAUCUGGAGGUCGGUUAUUAUCAGCUCACAGGACUUUCUUUACAGGGAAAAUGUAAUAGAAUGGAGUGAUAUUCAAUGGUCUGCUACUCGAAAUAUAUCAUAGACUUUUAACAAGCGUGAAACGGAAACAAUUAUUUCAAAUAUCCAAUGGAAACGGCUAUGGACUAACCCCAAGCGACUGUGCAGCAGCGUCUCUGUGUCUAUCUUAGCCAUUUCCUAAGGCAUGAUAGAAAGUUCCAUAGGGUCGCGGCGGAAGACUUUCUUCCUUCUUUUCUGUCUAGAAUAGGGCGGAAUCCGGUUUUGUCACUAGUUGCGAGAUAAUGUCACCCAUUUCGUUGAGGAUAGAGUCGGCCUCCGCGCGCCAGGACUCGAACGUGACGAUCUCGAUACAUAAGCUGUCUCCUUUCGGGAAGGCCUGUACCUUCCACUCACGAAGCGGCUCGAGGUGUGGAUAUAUCGUCUCCAUUCGGCUAUUGGCUGAUAAAAACGCUAGAUUUUCGACAUGCUCAACAUCUUGGUGCACCACAGUGUCAAACCAAUCCACCGUCUCGGGCCAGUCUGUGCAGUUCCGGACGAUUUCCUUGAGGCCGAUUCCUUCGAACUGCGCGCUUGAAAUGUGCUGGUGUUGCACGAAGUUGAGAAGGUCGAUUGCCGUCCAGCCAGGCUCGAACUUUACACGUAACGGAACAUACUGCCAAGUUGGUCCCAUCACAAUGUCACAGUUGGGGAGAUCGAUGUUGCGGCCGCUGACCACUUCACCGAAUGUUACGUCACGAACGGACAAACGGCGAGCCAAACAUAGUGCCCAUGCUGCAGAAGGGAUAGUGGCAAGCGUGAUUUCUUUGGACCGGGUUGAGAUAUCAAAAGGUUUGGAUAUAAAGAUCGACUUUUUACUCUCCAAAGGCGUUGACGGGCGCAGAGUUGACAUGGAGGAGCCUCGGAGUAGGUUUCGCCAGUAUUCGAUGCUUUGCGGGAUGUUCUCUCGGACGACGUGGUGGACAAAGGAAGAGAAUGAUUUCGUCAUACUGAGCAUGGGAAAUCCGCAUGAUUAGGCAACUUUGCCCGGUUGAACACUGAACAAAGAAGAAUUUUAUGAAGGGCGUUCCGAGGGGCAUCACUGUCUGCACAUCAAGAUUGCAAAGC